AUGAAGUUCCUCGUAUUUCUUUCGCUUCUCGGUGUCUCAUUAGCAUUGAGGGAUCAAUCCAUCGCUGUGAAAGGAAAACUUCUGUGUGGAGCUAAACCGGCCAGUAAUGUUCGGGUGAAGCUUUGGGAAGAAGAUGGAGGACCUGAUCCAGACGAUGAACUUGAUGCUGGCUAUACCGAUGGUAGUGGUGCGUUCUCACUAUCCGGUGGAACUGCCGAGCUCACACCAAUUGAUCCCGUCUUCAAAGUUUAUCACGAUUGUGAUGAUGGAAUCAAGCCGGGAUCCAGAAAAGUGAAGUUCUAUCUUCCGAAGAGCUAUAUUACCGAGGGCAAGGUGCCAAAGAAAACGUUUGAUAUCGGAGUCUUGAACUUGGAAACUAUUUUCCCUGGAGAGGAGCGUGAAAUGAUCGUUUCACGUAUGCGACGUGAUUUCCUCUUCGAUGACAACUAUGAUGACUAG